AUGGGUAGUAAUAGAGAUCCAUUUUUUGAUGAUGAUGUAGCCAGUGCUGAAAAACAUUCGGAAGAAGAUCAAACACCUCCAAUUCCUGCUACAAGAAAACAUCUAUCAGAUGAUGUUAAAACUACUGAAAUACCGGAAGAUCCAACUACUGUACCACGUUCAUCAUUACCACAUUCACCAUCGUCACGUUCAUCAUCAUCAUCAUCAUCAUCAUCACAAUCAUCAUCUUCACAUUCACCAUCACCACCUCCACCACCACAACCAAUAGUUUCACAACCAGAAACAGUUACUGAAGAAGUUCAUGAAAGAAAAUCUUCAUCUAGUAGUUCAACAUCUUCAACAAUUUCAUUUGAAUCAGACGAAGAUGAAGAAAAAGUACAAGAAGAAAAAGAAAAAGAUCAACAUAAAAUUCUUCCUCAUUUAAAAGUAGAUGUAAAUACUCAAACAGAUCAAAUUGCUGUUCGUGAUGAAUCAAUUCAAACAAACAUCGUUAACAUUGAAUCAUUAUCAACACCACCAACUCGUAAAAUAGCUUUUGUAUUAGAAUCAAAAAAAUUAACAACACCUUUAGUUAAAAAUUUACUUGAUCAAAAAAUAUCGUCUACAUUACCAAUAGUUAGUUUUUGUCAACCAUGUUCUCUGACAAGUCAUUUAGAUGACAUUAUUCUUGCUAUGCCACGUCAUUUAAUGAUAAUAAAUAAUCAAAAUUCUAUUAGUGUUUAUCCAUGGCAACAAACAGAAGAAUCAACAUCAACUAUUCUUGAAUGUUUUUGGUGUUCAUUUUUAUAUAAACUACUUGUUACAACAUUAGAAGAUAAUCGUUUAUUUAUAUAUGAUUUUAUAUCAAUUAUUGAUUCAAUUAAACUUCGUGGUCGUCCAUUAUCAAUAAAACAUCAAAGUUAUCAUUCAAAACAAAUAAAUUCAUCAUUAUUAUUACCAUCAUCAUCUCGUUAUCAAUCAUCACCAGCUAUAUGGUCUCAAACACGUUUUACUAAAUCAAAUUCAUUAGGUAUUUAUUAUUGUUAUAUUAGUGAUCGACAAUGUUCAUGUAUGUUAACACGUAUUGAUCAUAAUACAAGAAAACAUAUUAGAUCAAUUGAUUGUUCAGGUGGUAGUAUCAGUAAUAAUGCACGCGUUUGUGCUAUGAGUUUAUCUGAUGAACGUAUAGCUAUUGCUUUAACAAAUCUUAUUAUGACACUUUAUGAUGCUGAAACAUUAUUGGGUUUACGUCAAAUAAAUUUAACACGAUCGAAUACUUAUGAUGUACGUGGUAUAAGUUCAAUUAUGUAUUUAUGGAAAACAUGGCUUAUAUUUGAUCCAAUUGACAAUAAAAUUGUUGGAAUUGGAAAACGCAAACGGCAAUUUGUUAAAAUGUUACCUGAACAACCAAUUAAUGCUUGUUCAAUGGAUAAUGGAACUUUAGCAUUAUGGCUUGGAUACCCAGGGGCUCUUCUUUUUUAUCGCUUAAUAGAAUAG